CUGCUCUCUUAUCACCGUUGUUAUUGUAUAACCCCACCACACAUCCCGCUCAGGUAUGAUGCCGGCAGAGAAUGGGACCGGCCCGCCAGAGGACUACACGUGCGUGCGUUUUUACGUGUCGACCGUCUCGUUCUCGGUGCUGCUGUUCUUCAACCUCAUCAUCAACUGGACCAUCGUGCGGGAGGAGCGGCUGCGCUGCCAUACCCGCUUCGUGCUCAUCUUCCACCUGCUGGUGUCCGCCCUGCUCUACCUGGGCAUGAGCAGCGUCUUCUACUACCAGAUCCACCUGGACGCGCGGCCGGGCCCGGGCGCCUGCAUGUUCAUGGUGACUAUUUUGAUCAGCAGCGCCUGUAACAUCCUCCUGACGCUCACGGCGAUGGCCUUGGACCGCUAUUUGGCCGUGUGCCACCCGAUGAGGUACACGUCCACGUUCUGCUGGGCGCCGUGGCCGUGGAUGCUGGGUGUCCUGACCUGGCUGCUGGCCCUGGCCAUCCCGCUCAGCCUGCUGCACGGCCGGCAGGAGACGCCGAGCGCACAGGGCGCUCACGGAGAGUGCGGCCCGGAUCAGCUGAAGCAGGGAGGCAACCUGCACAAGAUAGUGUUCAUAACUGUGUGCACUUUGCUCAUACUGUACAGCUACGUGAGGAUACUGAUGGAGGGACGGCGCCUUGGAGUGCUCAACCGGCGCAACCGUGUCGGAUGCAGGACGAUCGCCUUGCACGGCAGCCAGCUGGCCGUGUACCUCCUGCCUAACUUUGUGAACUUUGUGCUGACGAUGCUCUGGAAAAGGGGCUUCAUCCAGACGGAGACCAAAGAGCUGUCAGCGGUGGUCAUCUUUGCUUUCUUCAGCUUGGCGCAGUGUGUCGCGCCCGUCGUUUACGGCCUGCGCAAAGAGGAACUUUUGGAGCAGCUGAGUCACCGGUUCCCCUGCUGUUCCCGCUACUUGAAAAGCGUGCUCGGGUGGACGGUGCACGCCAACUGGGCACACACAUCCACCACAACACGAGAACGAACGCUGACGACACAGACCAUCAUCUCUCUGGAGAUGCCACAGACCCCAGAGGAGGAAACCACACCAGUGACAGUCAGCAGUUCUUCACAUGACCCACACUCAUGUCGGGGAGAUAUGGAUAAUGCCUGAUGGGAAAAUAUUAGUGGACUUCAGGAUUCCGACCAAGUGCCAUAGGAACAUUUGGAUGUGUGGCUGGCCUAGGUGUUGUCAGCUGAGACCUGGAAACUGAGGAUCGACCUCAUGUUUGGACAGACGUUUAAAGCUUUUUCAGGUUUGGGCCACCUGGACAAGUGAGCAUUUGGACCUGGAUGUGAAAUCUGAAUAUACACUAUAAGAUAAGAUAAGAUAAGAUAAGAUAAGAU